AUGUGCUCCAGACAGAGCUCCGGGGGCUGCCAUGGGAGCUCCUCCAGUGGAUGCCACAGCUGCUGCUGCUGCCACGGGGGCAGCUCCUCCAGCUACCAGUCCCAGAGCUCCUCCUGCUGUGGGGGCUCCGGGGGGAGCUCCUCCGGCCAUGGCAUGGGAGGAGGCUCCAGCAGUGGAGGAUCAGGCCAGAAGAUCAUCAUUAGCUCCGGGGGAGGAGGAGGCUCCUCAGGCUGCUGCAGUGGAGGAUCCAGUGGGGGAUCUUCAGGAGGGAAGAUCAUCAUCGGAGGUGGAGGAGGUGGAGGUUCCUCAGGCUGCUGCAUGGGAGGAGGAUCCAGUGGAGGGUCUUCAAAGAGCAUCAUGGGAGGUGGAGGAGGAGGUGGAGGAGGUGGAGGUGGAGGUUCCUCAGGCUGCUGCAUGGGAGGAGGAUCUGGUGGUGGAUCUUCAGGAACCAAGAUCAUCAUUGGAGGUGGAGGUGGUGGUGGAGGUGGAGGCUCUUCUGGGUGCUGCAUGGGAGGAGGAUCCAGUGGUGGAUCUUCAAAAAGCAUCAUGGGAGGUGGAGGAGGAGGAGGUGGAGGUUCCUCAGGCUGCUGCAUGGGAGGAGGAUCCAGUGGAGGGUCUUCAAAGAGCAUCAUGGGAGGUGGAGGAGGAGGAGGAGGAGGAGGAGGAGGUGGAGGUUCCUCAGGCUGCUGCAUGGGAGGAGGAUCUGGUGGUGGAUCUUCAGGAACCAAGAUCAUAAUGGGAGGUGGAGGAGGUGGAGGCUCUUCUGGGUGCUGCAUGGGAGGAGGAUCCAGUGGUGGUUCUUCAGGAACCAAGAUCAUCAUUGGAGGUGGAGGUGGUGGUGGUGGAUCCUCAGGCUGCUGCAUGGGAGGAGGAUCCAGUGGAGGGUCUUCAAAGAGCAUCAUGGGAGGUGGAGGUGGUGGUGGAGGCUCCUCUGGCUGCUGCAGUGGAGGCUCCUCAGGAGGCAAGAUCAUCAUUGGAGGUGGAGGUGGUGGUGGAGGCUCCUCUGGCUGCUGCAGUGGAGGCUCCUCAGGAGGCAAGAUCAUCAUUGGAGGUGGAGGUGGUGGUGGAGGCUCCUCUGGCUGCUGCAGUGGAGGCUCCUCAGGAGGCAAGAUCAUCAUUGGAGGUGGAGGUGGUGGUGGAGGCUCCUCUGGCUGCUGCAGUGGAGGCUCCUCAGGAGGCAAGAUCAUCAUUGGAGGUGGAGGUGGUGGUGGAGGCUCCUCUGGCUGCUGCAGUGGAGGCUCCAGCGGUGGCUCCUCAGGCCAUGCAAUCAUCAUCGGCUCUGGAGGGGGCAGUGGAGGCUCCAUGCAGCAGAAGUGUCCUGUUGUGGUGCCCAGCAUUGGGUCCCACCAGAGCAAGCAGCCCUGCCACUGGCCCUCCAGCCAGCAGAAGUAA